UCUUCACAAACCUAAAAAAAAACCUAGCUCUCUUCAUUGCUCUGAAAACUUUUCGUCUUUUUACUCUUUAGCUAAAUCUUUCUUUGUUUCUCGAUAACAAUGGCUGGUAAAGGAGAAGGUCCUGCGAUCGGUAUCGAUCUUGGUACUACCUACUCUUGUGUUGGAGUGUGGCAACACGACCGUGUUGAGAUCAUUGCUAAUGAUCAAGGUAACCGAACCACGCCGUCUUACGUCGCUUUCACCGACACCGAGAGGCUGAUCGGAGAUGCUGCUAAGAACCAGGUUGCCAUGAACCCUGUUAACACUGUCUUCGAUGCAAAGAGGUUGAUUGGUCGUAGAUUCAGUGACGCAUCUGUCCAAAGCGACAGGAAGCUGUGGCCUUUCACUAUCAUCUCUUCAGGAACUGCUGAGAAGCCAAUGAUCGUAGUCAACUACAAGGGUGAAGAGAAACAGUUCUCUGCUGAGGAGAUCUCUUCCAUGGUUCUCAUUAAGAUGCGUGAGAUUAGUGAAGCUUACCUUGGCACCACUAUCAAGAACGCUGUGGUCACCGUUCCUGCUUACUUCAAUGACUCUCAGCGUCAAGCCACAAAGGAUGCUGGUGUCAUCGCUGGUUUGAAUGUUCUCCGUAUCAUCAACGAGCCCACUGCUGCUGCCAUUGCCUACGGUCUUGACAAGAAGCUUGGUGGUGAAGAUUUCGAUAACAGAAUGGUUAACCACUUUGUUCAAGAGUUUAAGAGGAAGAGCAAGCAGGACAUCACUGGCCUCGCAAGACCCCUUAGGAGGCUGAGAACAGCUUGCGAGAGAGCAAAGAGAACUCUUUCUUCCACGGCGCAAACGACCAUCGAGAUUGACUCUCUCUAUGGAGGAGCUGACCUCUUUGCUCCAAUCACCCGUGCUAGAUUCGAAGAGCUUAACAUGGAUCUUUUCAGGAAGUGUAUGGAGCCUGUUGAGAAGUGUCUCCGUGAUGCUAAGAUGGACAAGAGCUCAGUCCAUGAAGUUGUUCUUGUCGGUGGUUCCACCCGUAUCCCCAAAGUUCAACAGCUUCUCCAAGAUUUCUUCAAUGGUAAAGAGCUCUGCAAGUCUAUCAACCCUGACGAGGCUGUUGCAUACGGUGCAGCCGUACAGGGAGCUAUUCUAAGCGGUGAAGGAAACGAGAAGGUUCAAGACCUUCUCUUGCUUGAUGUCACUCCUCUCUCUCUCGGUCUUGAAACUGCUGGUGGUGUCAUGACCACUUUGAUUCAGAGAAACACAACCAUCCCGACCAAGAAGGAGCAGGUCUUCUCCACUUACUCAGACAACCAGCCCGGCGUGUUGAUCCAGGUGUUCGAAGGUGAGAGAGCCAGAACCAAGGACAACAACCAUCUCGGUAAAUUCGAGCUCUCCGGAAUCCCUCCGGCUCCUCGUGGUGUCCCUCAGAUCACUGUCUGCUUUGACAUAGAUGCCAAUGGUAUCCUCAACGUUUCUGCUGAGGACAAGACCACCGGACAGAAGAACAAGAUCACCAUCACCAACGACAAGGGUCGUCUCUCCAAGGAUGAGAUCGAGAAGAUGGUUCAAGAAGCAGAGAAGUACAAGUCUGAGGACGAGGAACACAAGAAGAAGGUUGAAGCCAAGAAUGCUCUUGAGAACUACGCUUACAACAUGAGGAAUACCUUCCAAGACGAGAAGAUCGGUGAGAAGCUUCCCGCAGCAGACAAGAAGAAGAUCGAGGACUCCAUUGAGCAGGCGAUUCAGUGGCUCGAGGGUAACCAGUUGGCUGAAACUGACGAGUUUGAAGACAAGAUGAAGGAGUUGGAGAGCAUCUGCAACCCAAUCAUUGCCAAGAUAUACCAAGGAGCUGGUGGUGAAGCCGGUGGUCCAGGUCCCCAUGCUAAGGACGAAGAUGCUCCUCCUGCUCCAGGCGGUGCUGGCCCUAAGAUCGAGGAGGUCGACUAAUCUGUUGGAUGUUUACCUCUCUCUCUCUUUCUGUCUCUCUUUUCUUUGGAUCGUUAAGACUUUUUAUGUUCUCUUUGUUGUGUUUUUGGUUAGUAUUUUUUUGAACAAUGGCUAGUUUGCCCAGCUAUGAUGAUGACGGAUACAAGUUUUCUAUAGAAUACUUGGUUCUUUUUUGAUCA